AUGGGGAACUGUUGUGCAAGCCCUGGUUCUGAUACCAAGUCCAAAGAUGGGAAACCAAAGACCAAAAACAACCCUUUUUACAGCGAAGCCUACACUACAACAAACAGAUCCGGAGCUGGCUUCAAGCUCUCUGUCUUAAAAGAUCCAACAGGACAUGACAUAUCUCUUAUGUAUGAUCUGGGGCGUGAGGUUGGUCGUGGAGAGUUUGGUAUUACCUACCUCUGCACUGAUAUCAAUACGGGAGAGAAGUAUGCUUGCAAGUCUAUAUCGAAGAAGAAGCUUAGAACAGCUGUGGAUAUAGAGGAUGUUAGGAGAGAGGUUGAGAUAAUGAAACAUAUGCCUAAGCAUCCUAAUAUAGUGUCGCUUAAGGAUGCCUUUGAGGAUGAUGAUGCAGUGCAUAUAGUGAUGGAGUUGUGUGAAGGUGGUGAGCUGUUUGAUCGGAUUGUUGCUAGAGGUCAUUAUACUGAACGUGCUGCUGCUGCUGUUAUGAAGACUAUUCUUGAAGUUGUUCAGGUGUGCCAUAAGAAUGGAGUGAUGCAUAGGGAUCUUAAGCCGGAGAACUUUCUCUUUGCUAAUAAAAAAGAGACGUCGCCACUUAAAGCUAUAGAUUUUGGAUUAUCAGUCUUCUUUAGACCUGGUGAGGGGUUUAACGAAAUUGUUGGAAGUCCUUAUUACAUGGCACCAGAAGUACUUAGGCGAAACUAUGGACCUGAAGUUGAUAUCUGGAGUGCUGGAGUUAUCCUUUAUAUUCUGCUCUGUGGUGUCCCUCCAUUUUGGGCAGAGACUGAGCAAGGGGUGGCUCAGGCGAUCAUUAGGUCAGUCAUUGACUUCAAGAGGGAUCCAUGGCCAAGAGUCUCUGACACUGCGAAAGACCUUGUGAAAAAGAUGCUCGAACCUGACCCCAAAAAACGGCUUUCUGCUGCAGAAGUACUCGAGCAUUCUUGGAUACAAAAUGCAAAGAAGGCCCCAAAUGUUUCCCUUGGCGAGACUGUGAAAGCAAGGCUUAAACAGUUUUCUGUUAUGAACAAGCUCAAGAAACGAGCUCUACGGGUGAUAGCCGAACACUUAUCAGUAGAGGAAGUAGCUGGCAUAAAGGAAGCGUUUGAGAUGAUGGACAGUAACAAAACGGGAAAGAUAAACCUCGAGCAGCUUAAACAUGGACUUCAUAAACUCGGACAGCAACAGAUGGCUGAUGCUGAUCUACAGAUCUUGAUGGAAGCUGCUGAUGUAGAUGGGGAUGGGACUUUAAAUUAUGGAGAGUUUGUGGCUGUCUCUGUGCAUCUUAAGAAGAUGGCAAACGACGAACAUUUGCACAAGGCUUUUAGCUUUUUCGACCAGAACCAGAGCGAUUACAUAGAGAUUGAAGAGCUGAGGCAGGCUUUAAAUGAUGAGGAGGAUACUAGCAGUGAGGAAGUUAUUGCAGCUAUCAUGCAAGAUGUUGACACCGACAAGGAUGGGAGAAUAAGCUACGAAGAGUUUGCAGCAAUGAUGAAAGCUGGAACUGACUGGAGGAAAGCAUCAAGACAGUAUUCAAGGGAAAGAUUCAACAGUUUGAGCCUCAAGUUAAUGAGAGAUGGUUCAUUGCAAUUAGAAGGCGAGACCUGAGAAAGUCAUGGUUUUUAAAAAAGCAGUAAAGGUUCUGUUUCUGUAUCUCUUUAAAGAACGUAAAAAAAAAGAGAAAGCAGUAUUCUUUGAAAAAUUGUAAUUUCUUUUUCUUUGGUUUCCACAAUAAUUUGUAGAUUCAGGGUUUUCAAAUGCUUUAGUUUACUUGAAUAGACAACUAUGUACGAUAUGAAGAUGUUAUCUUAGAUUUUCUGACUUUUGUUUUGUUUCUAUUGUUCUUAACAUCGACUCCAAGUAA